CUGUAUAGAGGAAGUGAGUCUGACGUGCAGCUUCCUGAUGAUUGAAUACAGGGCUGGGUGGGGACUGCAGACCUCCUUACACACAGCAGCUCAGAGCCUCUGAACACUGCUCAGGGAGGGCUGCGCUGCAAAUCACUCUGGGAAGGCUGCAAAACCCAAGUACACCUAGAAAGCCCAGGAGGCACGCUAAUGGCCAGCAAUAACACAGCCAGUAUAGCCCAAGCCAGGAAGCUUGUAGAACAGCUGAAAAUGGAAGCCAAUAUCGACAGAAUAAAGGUAUCAAAAGCAGCUGCUGAUUUGAUGGCGUAUUGUGAAGCCCAUGCCAAGGAAGACCCUCUACUGACCCCAGUGCCUGCAUCAGAAAAUCCAUUUAGAGAGAAGAAGUUUUUCUGUGCCAUCCUGUAAAACCCCAAACGGCCUGCUGUGCGAUCAGGCUCCCUGAACACUGAUGUAGAAUUUAUAACAUCCCGGACUCUACCAGUCUGCAGAAUUACAGUAACAACAACAACAAAAUUCAACCUAAACUUGGGAGCAGCAGUGUUGUGCAUGUUUGAAGAAAACGGUCACUUGAAAAAGUUAAGAAGAUUCUCCAAAAUGAAAAAUAAAGACUUCUAGUCUUUCCCAGCUGCGUAGAGAGAGAAUGUGUAAACGUAAAAAGAAAAAAAAAAAAAAGCUCUGUGUCACUUUUCAGUUUAGAACCUGUUUUUCAUAAUCUUUAUUUUAUUUUUUGUAAUUAUUAUUUUGAAGUUGGAGAUAAUACUUUUUGAAAAAGAGGUGUUUAAAAAAGAAGAUGUGAAUAUUGUGUUGGAUUUUUUUUUGGGGGGGCGGGUUGUUUUACAUUAAUUCUUUAAUUUAAAUUAAAUCGUCAUAGCCACAGGAUACAUUUGCAAUGGUGUUUUUAUAUAAAUAUUUAGGUAUUGUGAAUUUUUGUGUUUAGGGUAGCACAAUGAUGGAAUCCACAAUGGGGACCUUCAGAAUUCUUUAGAACGAAACUUUCACAGGGUGUAUUAAAGGAGUUUAGCCAGCAUUCUUACACUUUUUUGACUAUGAUAUGGCUGUUCUGUGUUCUAGUCAAAUGUUAAAACACUUUUGAACAUUUUUUAUGUAUCUUUUGAUCCUGCACAGGAAGAAUAGUCUAGUGAUGUAAUUUUUAUAUCUAUUUUUGUGACUAUUUAAGAAAAAAAAAACAUUCUGCAUGGAGAGGCAGUUCAACCAAUUUCUACAUCCUGGAGCAAGAUGCUAUAGGCAGACUUUGCUAAUACCUAAAUGAAAUUAAGAUGAAUGACCUUUUGAGUGCUAGGAGUAAUUGUAUGGGGUGUAGCAGUGACAGACCCCAGAGUCCCGAGAGAGGAAAGCUGAUUAAUAACUCUGAUAAGCCCAAGUUAUGGUGGUCUAGUAGAAGAUCUGUGUAGACUAAUACCUCUUCCCAUGCCAGCUAAGAGUGGCUGUAUGGUGUAUAUGGGUCACAUCAUCCCUAAUUGUUGCUAGAGUAGAGCCGAUUAAUAAGCCUGUGAACCAUGGCAAAGACCUGCUUCCAGUGAGAGGUCAGCCCAAGUGCUUCGACUUGUACAAUGGUGUCAGGCACCUUACUGGCAGUGGACCCAUAUGUUUCCAUGCGUUGGAGGCAACUGAUCACCUGGCUCUACCAUUGGAUAGGAAGAUGCAGUCCUGCUUACUCUGGACUAGAAUUAAAUUCAAGAAACCCUGGGGUUUAAUACUAUAGGCAUUUAUCACAUACAACCCAAGAAAUAAUCAGUGUGGCUGAGAUCAAGUCAAGUGGAGCUUGAAGAGAAUUGCACAGGGGAGCUUGUUAAAGUUUCCAUUUAACCUCACAUCCAUUUCUAAAGCUGGAAAUUAAUUUGUAGUUAAAUGUGGUGUGUUGGAAACUUGCGCACCCAUCCUUGCACUCAAAAGGUUACCCCACUUUCUGCCACAGAGUACCAAGCCAUAGCCAAGCCUUUCUCCACUGCCUGACCUACGUGCCGGCCAAUUCAUCGCGGGGCUCUCCAUGGUACAGACUCUACUUUAAUCCAGAUACACAUUGGCCAAUAAUAGUUGUUUUUUUUGUCAUCAUCCACUAAUGUAUCUUUUACGAUAAAGUAUAUUUUUUUCCAAAUUUCUAGUAGCCCUUUAUAUCACUGCUAAUACGUAACACAAUUUAUUGGGAAACCUGCGUUCUGUUUCUGCUGGCUAGAGCAUGUUUUGGGUACAUCAUGUAAUAAAAAAAAUAUGACACAUUUCUGGCCUUUCUUAAA